AUGCAUGCAAAAACUGACUCAGAGGGGACCAGCAUUGACGCCUCAUGGCUGCCAAGGUCUCCAAGGAGGCCCAUAUACUACGUCCAGAGCCCUUCCAACCACGACGUCGAGAAGAUGUCAUACGGCUCCAGCCCCGCCGGCUCCCCUGCCCAUCAUUACUACCACUGCUCGCCCAUCCACCACUCUCGUGAGUCCUCCACCUCGCGGUUCUCCGCCUCCUUGAAGAACCCCAGAAACCUCUCCCCUUGGAAACACGUGCAGCUUCAUCAAGACGACGACGACGACGAAACGGACGGUCGCUAUGGAGGGUCUACUGAUAAAGUCAGAUUGUACUUGUGUAUUUGUUUGUUCUUCGUUGUCAUGUUCACCGUGUUUUGCUUGAUCUUGUGGGGCGCCAGCAAGGCUUACAAGCCUAAAAUCAUCGUCAAGAACAUCGUGUUCGAGAAUUUUAAUGUUCAAGCAGGUAAUGAUGGAUCAGGGGUGCCAACAGAUAUGCUGUCUCUAAAUUCAACGGUCAAGAUCUUAUACAGAAACCCAGCUACAUUCUUCGCCGUCCACGUCACUUCUACUCCCCUGGAGCUUCACUAUUUCCGUCUCAAACUGGCCGCCGGACAGAUGAAGAAGUUUACUGAAUCAAGGAAGAGUCAGAGGAAGGUGGUGACAGUGGUGAAAGGACAUCAAGUGCCGCUCUAUGGUGGGGUUUCAGUUCUUGCAAGUGCUAGAGAUCAGCAGCACCUUGCGAGAGUCGAGGUUCCCCUGAACUUGACAUUUUUGGUGAGGUCAAGGGCUUACAUUUUGGGAAGACUGGUGAAAUCCAAGUUUUAUAGCCACAUUCGUUGCUUGGUCACUUUGAAAGGCAACAAACUCGGCAAGCCUCUAAACUUGACUAAUUCAUGUAAUUAUGAUUGAUGAUCUUCUUGAUCAUUUCUCAAAAACUAUCUUGAUUACUUCUUGCUUCUUGAAA